GUCAGAGGCUCUCUUUCUCUCUCUCUCUCUCCUUCCAGAAAACAGAGCGCGAGGGUUUUUGCGAAGCUAAAAACCGAAAGGGUAAUAAAGCCCUAGGGCUAGAGAGAAGAUAAGUCCCCCAAAUCUCUCUCCCAAUUGGAGCCGGAGCCGGAGCUAGGGUUUUGCAAUUCGUCGACGAAGGAUUGGUUAUUUAUCUCAAUUUUAUUGCCUCGUCGAGUAAAUUAUUUGGUGAUUGUGAUUGAAAAUUUCGAUUGAGACCAGUGCUAAAUUUCACACAUAUUAUCCUGAAAGCCUUCUGUAGCUCAAUGGAAUUCAUGUACAUGGACUUCUUCGCCUGUAAGCAUGUUAUGUAAAGCAUCAUGACACUCGAAGAUUUUUUUACCUUAACUGAGAUGAAAGAUGGGCUAACUGCUCCAUCUCGAGUUGAGGAGUUGGUCACAUUAAUGAAGAGUGAGAAAGAUUCUAGUGUGAAUAAUGCUGGUGAGCUAACCCGGCAGUGGGUUGCAGUUACAAGCACAAUUGCUGCCACAGAGAAUAAAGAUUGUCUUGAUCUUUUUAUUCAAUUGGAUGGAUUGUUGUUUGUUGAUAAAUGGCUGAAAGAUGUUCAAAAUUUAGUUAAUGAUGCAAAUGAAAGUUUUGUAGAAGACUCAAUAACUGCUCUGUUACGGGCUCUUGAAAAGCUGCAUAUUGACAAUAAGAGGUCAGUAUCUACGGGUAUCUGGAGUACUGUUGAGAGACUUCUUGACCACAAAAGCUUGAAGGUUCAAGAUAUAGCAAGACUGCUGUUUGAUAGCUGGAAGCAGGACGGUAAUGCAGUUGACCAUGUUGAGAAUACUGAGGUCCUCUGUGGUGGUGGGAAUCCUGAGCUUCCUGUACAAGAGACCAAGCCAUCUGCAUUAAAUUCCACUCCUUCAGAAGUAGGUUCUAACAUCAAGAAUCACCUAUCUUGUACUGCUCAAGACGAAACACUGGAGGGUCUUCAAUCAGAAAGUGCUGAUGUACAGACUCCAACUUUGUCACAACAGUCCCCAGCCCAGAAAUUUUCAGAGAAUGAAGACGUCAAGAGCGAUAGGUCUCCAGAGCCUUUGGGGUCUGUUAUUUUGGAGGCUAUCCAACAAAGUUCUAUAAAAGAUGAACCCUCUGCAUGUUCUUUAGGAGCAGAUGCUAUAAUCGGAAGUACUGAUUUUCCUGUUGCAAAGAUGAGCAAUCCAGAUGACUCUAAAUUGAAUGAGAUGCCCAGUAAUGAAAAACAGAAGCACACAGUCAAUAGUUCUCCAAAGAACUUGGGUGUGACUGACAUUUCGUCUGUGUCUGGACCACUGGAAUCUGGGGUUUGUUCAGAUUCUCCUGCUGCAACAUCCCCGGUUUUUGUGGAUGAUUCUGCUUUACAAAAAAGUUCAGAUGCCAAUGAGGAUGGCUUCUGUCAAAAGCUCGAUCCACUGAGUGGUGAUGGACAAGAUGAGAGCUGUAGACCUGAUCCACAGAUUAUGAUGGACGAUACAAUGGUUGUGACAGAUGGUACUUCAGCUAUGAUGGGAGAUUCAUUGGUUGUGAUGGAUGAUACAAUAAGUGUAGAUCAUUGCAACACUGCAGUUCAAGAUAGUGACUGUUCAAACGUUCCUCGGGAGUCGUCUAGCAAUGGUAAUUUGUCUAGAAAAGUUGAAGAUAUAGAGGCUCCUACCAGGAUGGAUGACUCGGAUGCUGUUGAUGAAGAUGAAGAUGAAGAGCAAGAUAGUGAUGAAGGCAAUGAAUUGACUAUUGCUAGUGCUUUUCCUAUCAAUAUAUUUGAAAAAAGAAGGGCUGAUAUUGAUGUCGAAUAUGGGAUGGUUGAUGCUCUUGAAGUCGCUCGACAGGUUGCCCAAGAAGUAGAAAGAGAAGUAGAAAAAGAAGUUGUGGAUUACGGAGAGCCAUACUGCAGUUCAUCUUCUGGGAAAAUGUCAGGAGGUGGACUCAGACAACCUGGCAGCCCAGACUCUAUAAAUGAAAAGCAAGACCCAGUCACCGAAGUUGCACCAAAGCAUGUGCCAGUUGAACAAGUGAAUUCUGUAGAGGCAAAUCCUGAGAAGGAUGUAGUUGUAUCAAAGCAUCAGGAUAUGGUACGUGAACAUUCCAUUCAUGACAUGGAGUCCUCUCAAGUGACUGAAAUGGCUCAAGAACCAGAAGUUAACUCAGAAAAGGGUCUUUGCGGUUUUGAUCUAAAUGAAGAAGUAAGUUCUGAUGAGAUGGACUCAGUGAAUCCUGUAUCUACUCAAAUUCCUUUUUCCAGACCACCACCAGCUGCUGAUCUACCUGUGGCUCCUUUGCAGUUUGAAGGGGCUAUUGGAUUGAAAGACUCUCUUGGUAAUAGUGCUUUUCGUCGAGCAUCGCCUCGCAGGUUUUCUGAUUCUGAGAAGAAUCUUUCUACGGGAGCCACCACUGGUAGCUCAAAGCAGAGGCCAGACUACAUGUGCUUAGAUUUGAAUGUUGCUCUUGGAGGAGAUGAUUUGGAAAAACAAAUUCCAUUGUCGUCUGGCCUCCCAUCCGGGGAAUCUUCAGGGGAAGUGAGUCAAAGUAGAUUGGGUAGGCCUAACUUGGAUUUGAACCGUAUUGAUGACGAUGGUGAUGCUCCAUUGAACUUAAGAGUGGAAGGACAGUUCUUGUACAACCGAAAUGCCCGUCGCAGCCCAUCUCCUGCCUCAUCAUCGUCAUCGAUGCAGCCAUUGAUGAGGAAUUUUGAUUUGAAUGACAGACCCUUUUUUCUAAAUGAUUCUAGUGAUCAAGGGCACGGAAAGCCUUCUCAAAGUGCCACUGCAUAUAGAGGGCAGGUGGAUGGUUCAGUUAUUUCUAUCCUGGGUACCAGAGUGGAGAUUAAAAGAAAUGAUGUUUCUCAAACUCUGUCCUUAUCAAAUGGAAAGGGUAUUAUUGAGACUGCAGGAGAUCCCAACUUGGCAAGAGCGGGAAGUCUUUUAGAAUUGGGUUCAGGGGUUUCUUACACCAACUCUCCUAUUUUUGGGUACAAUGGACUGGCUACAGGGCCCCCAAUGUCAUUCUCCCCGACUAUGUAUGGACCUGGUGGAACAAUCCCCUAUAUGAUGGAUUCAAGAGGAUCCCAUGUUGUGCCUCAAGUUAUGGGUUCUGCAUCAGUGGUUCCACCUCCGUUCCCUCAGUCACCGUUUAUUGUGAAUAUGAAUGCCAUGCAACCGGGUCUAAAUGGUGCUGGGCCAUCACGUCCCAGUCUUGAUUUAAACUCUGGUUUCAUGGUUGAGAGUGCCAAUAGAGAUACAGGUUUGAGGCACCUUUUCAUUCAUGGCCAAGGUGGAUCUAUGGACGAGCAUUUGAGGAACAGCUCACAGCCUCCUAGUUCCAAUGUUGGUGGCAAAAGGAAAGAACCAGAAAGUGGCUGGGAACCCUACCCUUUUAGUUACAGACAUCAGCAACCCCCCUGGAGAUAGGAGUUCUUAAGCACUAACUGCAUGCUGUCCUAUCUUUGCAACAGUUUCAUAAAUUCAACCAACUCCACUGAGACGCCCAUCCCAAACAUGAUCCUGGGUAAGGAGAGUUCACUCGCUUUUAUAGAACUGAAUAAAGUUGGAGGUAAUUAUCAAUGUAACAUGAUUUAUCAUUAAGUGCUGCAGAAGAAAGUUAGGUUGUUUAAUCUUUGUUUUUCUUUUUUCUUUUUCCUUUUCUUUUCUGUGUUACAUAAAGGCCUUUGCAAGAUAGGAGAUUUGGUACGUGUAGCUGUAAUUUUCUCUGCCAUGUAUAUCACAGAAAUUAUAGGAACAGGAUUCUACAUUA